UGGUUUAGCAUUGUAUUACUUUUGUAUUCAUUGUGUAUCUGUCUAAAAGGCUAUCGUUUUUUAAUGCAAUACAUGCAGCUUAACCCUUCUUCGUUAAGUUAUCAGGAACAUAGUAUAGAACACUCAGAAGAGUAUUCACAUGUCAAAGCAACUCGCUCUACAAUCACUGAACAGGACCUUCUAUGUUCCAUUUCCUGAUCUAAUUUGGCCAUAUUCCAUACCGGAAAGCCUCAAUGGAUAGCAGAAAGUCCAAAAAGAGAUCCCGAAGCAGGAGCUUAAAUGUUUCUCCGAGCAAGCAUGCAAAGAAGAAGAAAUCCCAUUCCAGGUGUAGUGAUCCGAGCAGCAGUCCUUCUCCUGUUAGGAAGCGCUCAUCUCUUGCCAAAUACAAUGCUGACAUCUCAGAGUGCCUCCAAAAAGAGGGAAAAGAUAAAAAGAAGCGAAGGAAGAGAAAGGUGAGCACGUCCUCCCCCUCCUCGUCUUCCUCCUCUUCAGAGAGUUCUACUUCAUCCUCCUCAAGUUCCUCUUCUGAUGAAUUAAGUGACAGUGAAUCCGAAAAGAGAAGCCACCAAAGGAAGAAGAAAAAACAAAGGAAAGGGAAAAAAAAGCUGAAAAAGAAGAGCAAAAAGCAAAAAAAGAAAAAAUCAUCAAAAAUUAAAUGUCCACAGCCAAAUGCUGUCAAAGAAGAGUCUGUCCCUGGUCCUUCUGUUGACCUCUGGCAGAAGCCGUCACUAGAUGACUCAGGUCCAAUUUUGACAGAUGAGCAAAAGACGCGUAUUCAAGCCAUGAAACCAAUGACCAAGGAAGAAUGGGAUGCCCGGCAGAGCGUCGUCAGAAGAGUCUUAGAUCCAGAGACCGGGAGAAUAAGGCUAAUUAAGGGUGAUGGUGAAGUCCUAGAAGAAAUUGUUAGCAAGGAAAGGCACAAAGAGAUUAAUAAGCAUGCUACACAAAACGAUGGUUUCACUUUCCAAAUGAGAUCUGGGAUGUUUUGAUGGCUGGGACCUCAGAUAUGAACAGAACACACUCUGUUUGGCGACCUGUGUUUUGUGGAUCACCAAAUGAUUUCCAUAUGCAGCUGUAACUGUGUCCUCUUCGGUGGAUUUCUUAAUGGCCUAAUGUUCUAAAUACAGACUAUUGUGUUAAUAAUGGAAUGGUGAUUAUUUUUAUUGGUACAAAUGUGAUUUGGUGCAUCUCUUGAAACUGUUUAUUUUUGUUUUGUUUUCUUAAAAGCAAACCAUCAGUCAUUGUGAAAAUAGAGCUGGUCAAACAGGAUGUGUGACAGUGGCUUUAUUAAAGGAACACGAGACCCAA